UCAUCAGUUCGGGCACGCCUUCGAUUUAACUGUGCAACGAUGAUGAGCUCCUCCACCGAUGUCGCCGCCCCUGCGCCUAAGAAGACGUCGUGGCCGGAGCUGGCAGGGAAGACCAUCAAGGAGGCCAGGGAGAUCAUCCUCAAGGACAUGCCUGACGCCGACAUCGUCGUCCUGCCCGAGGGCUCGCCGGUGACCAAGGACUUCAGGACCAACCGCGUCCGUAUCUUCGUCGGCACCGUCGAAGGGACCCCCCACGUCGGCUAG